AUGAGAAUGAUAUUAGAGCGUGCCGCAAAGGUGUCUCAGCUGGUCUACAACUCGGUAGAAGAACCGGUCAUCGACGGAGACCGACUCAACAGUCGGAUCAUCUCGGCAACCAUCGGGCACCUGGUGCUGAAGGACCUGUCCGACCCGGUCAAACUGGUCUUCACACAUGUGCAGCAUGGAGACAACCCCGAGUGUGUGUGGUGGGACAUGAAGUCUAACGGCGGGAUGGGCGGCUGGUCGUCUGAAGGCUGCUGGGUGGACGUGACAGAGAACGGACAGACGGACUGUUACUGUGACCAUCUCACCAACUUCGCACUGCUCAUGGACGUAUACGGUACAUCUGCACGAGUGUCCAAGGGUCACCAGACGGCGCUGUCUGUCAUCUCUUAUAUCGGCUGCGGCGUGUCUCUCAUCGGGAUCUUCCUCAGUCUGCUGACGUUUGGGAUGUUCAAGAAAGUUCGCCGUGAGACUCCUACAAAGAUCCUGAUUAACCUUUGUGUGGCGCUGUUUAUGGUGAACGCCCUGUUCGUCACGCUCACAUCUAUCCACGACCUGGGCAUAGACGAGCUGUGCAUGAGCUUCGCAGUAUUGAUGCAUUACUUCCUGCUGGCCGCUAUGAUGUGGAUGGGUCUGGAAGCCCUGAAUAUGUACAUCGCACUGGUCAAGGUCUUCAACACCUACUACAAACGCUUCAUGUUCAAGCUAGCCCUCGCUGGAUGGGGGAUACCAGCCAUUGUAGUAGGGAUCACCCUAGGCAUCGACCACAAGAGCUAUGGACCCUACGAGGGCAUUUGCUGGCUGUCCCGCUAUGCCUUCCUGGGAGCGUUCCUCGCUCCGGCACUCUUCAUCAUCAUCGUCAACUUCAUCAUCUUCACCAUGGUCAUCCGGACUAUCGUGGGGCUGGAGGACCAGAAGAAACUCAAGAAAUCGACCAAGACCGACACGGCCACUAAGCUGAAGGGAGCCGUAGGACUGUCCAUACUGCUGGGGCUGACCUGGGCACUGGCUAUCUUUGCUAUCCGGGAGGCAAACGUCGUCAUCAACUACCUGUUCGCCAUCUUCAACUCUCUACAGGGUCUGUUUAUCUUCAUCUUCCACUGCGUGAUGAAGAAAGACGUCCAGAACAACUGGAGGAGGAUGAUCCCCUGCUGCCCCAACCCUCCCCCGGGUAGUACAGUAUACGUUCAAACAGCACCAAAACGAAAUCAAAUGCUCUGGACUCCCUCCGCAAUCUCCAUUGAUGUGAAGAGCACGGAUUGUCCCUCCUCACGAAAUAACUCACCCUGGCCAGUGUUCGAAGCCUGGAGUACGCGUAGCCACAUGAGGGCCAACAGGACAAGGAGCUCUCCGGUCAGCAACGGAUCCAUGGUUCGCAAGUUCUCACAAAGUGAGUCGACCACCAGCCUGGCUAAAGACAAGCGGGAGAUUGCGGAGACUGGUCUGUAUAACGAAGCCUACCAGUACGCGCCUGAGGCUUUUAACCCACUGGCGCGAAUCUAAAAGCUAACCAUAUAAGACACGGGGUGUCCCAAACCGACAAUGUUUGUGAUAAAGGGUCGGCAUUUGUUCGGGGCUACAAUUAACUCCAAAUUAACUCAAUUUGUAAUUAGAUUCAUAUAAAAAUGUUGUCUUGACCUAGAUCCGGUCAAACUGCUCCCGAACGUCAGCCAACCUUGAAAUCGACGUAACAUUUAUGAAAUAGAGUUUGUUGCCGAAUCUUAUGUGUGUGCCACACUGUACAUGUUACAUGUUACAUGGAAAGCUGGUUAUUCCUUGUAAAGAUAUGGAGUCGUUUGCUUCAUAGGAAGAGAGAUUUAAUUGUACAGAAUUGAAGAAUUGGCAGUUAUAUAAUCAAGAAUGCUCUUAAAUGUAA